AGCAUUAAGGUGAGCUGGCAGCCGCCGCCUGCAAACACGCAGAACGGAUUCAUCACCGGAUACAAGAUUCGCCAUCGCAAAACAGGCCGACGGGGCGAACAGGAGGCCAUCGAACCCAACAACCUCUGGUACCUGUUCACCGGACUGGAGAAAGGCAGCCAGUACAGCUUCCAGGUGGCAGCCAUGACGGUCAAUGGCACGGGGCCCAGCAGCGAGUGGCACACGGCCGAGACGCCGGAGAACGACCUGGACGGUGAAUACGACUACAGUGCAGCACAUUUCCCUGUUUAG